UCCAUUAUAAGUUGCGUGGUGCGCAACUCAUAUUUUUAUUUAGAAAUAGAAUAAGUAAAAUUUGGCCGAAUUCAAAGAGGAAGAAACCAAUAUUAAAAUGGAAUUGUUUUUGUGUAAUCAGGGGAAGGUAUCCUAGCCAUAUAGUGAAUUUUUAAUACUGAUAAUUUUAAUUUAAAUCCCAGCAAUGUCGAAGAAUACAUUCUUAAGGAACCGAUUUUACAGCAAAACUGCAUCUGGGGAAUAUAACGAUAACAAAUAUGAAAAAUCAAAAUUUCAUCGACCGCUAACCCCUAUAUACUUUAUUGGAAUAUUUGUUCUAAUGUUAGUUGUGUUUUCUCUAGUUAUAAUUAUAGAGAAACAGCUGCCUUCAGGUUAUAAACUAGAAGAUGAAACGAAAUAUCCUGAAAGAUUUAUAGCUGAAAGGGCUUAUAACAUAUUGAAAAACCUAACAAAAAUGGGACCUCGUACGGCGGGAAGUUAUGAAAAUGAAGUAUUGGCAGUGGAAAUUUUACAGAAAGAGAUUGACAGUAUUAUGAAAGAUGCGAACAAAAAACACAAGAUACAGCUAGACAUUCAAAAGGCCUCGGGUGCUUUCAAUUUAGAAUUUUUGGAUGGAAUGACCAACGUCUAUCAGGACGUUCAAAAUGUCGUGGUGAAAGUGGGUUCAGAAAUAGAUUCUCCACACAGUUUGUUAAUAAACUGCCACUUCGACUCUGUAGUAGACAGCCCAGGUGCAAGCGAUGAUGGAGCUAGUUGCGCUGUAAUGUUGGAAAUAUUAAGAGUAAUAUCAAAAUCCGAAAAAAUCCUCCGGCACAACAUAAUAUUUUUAUUCAAUGGAGGUGAAGAGAAUUUUAUGCCAGCAUCCCAUGGUUUCAUUACACAACAUAAAUGGGCUAAAGAGGUUAGAGCCUUCAUCAAUCUGGAAGCAUGUGGAGCCGGAGGCAGAGAAGUUCUGUUCCAAGCUGGUCCCAAUCACCCCUGGAUACUGGAAACUUAUUCGGAAGAAGUGCCUUAUCCCUAUGCAUCAUCAUUAGCUCAAGAGAUUUUUCAGAGUGGAGUCAUACCCGGCGACACCGACUAUCGCAUAUUUAGGGAUUUUGGUAAUGUUUCCGGAUUGGAUUUUGCUUGGUCCGCCAACGGCUACGUUUACCAUACAAAAUUCGACUCGAUAGAACAAAUCCCCCUCGGUACGCUUCAGAGAACGGGGGAUAAUAUAUUGGCUCUAGCCAGGGGCAUGGCGCAAGGCCACCAGUUGUCAGACGUGGAGAAAUACAGAGCGGGAAAUCUGGUGUUUUUCGAUUUCUUGGGAGCGUUCGUUAUUCGCUGGCCUAUGUUAAUUGCCGAUAUUAUUAACUUAUCAUCUGUGAUAUUUUCAUUGUAUUCAAUUUAUGGUAAUGUUAAGGAUGUUGAAGUUACUGAUAGCAUAAAGAAAAGACAAUAUAUAAGAAAACUGGUAGGAUGUAUGUUUGUAGUGGUUAUUUCCUGGGUAUUAUCUGUUGUAUCAACAGUAGUGAUAGCAUCCUUCUUGAAUGGCUUGGGACGUACCAUGAGUUGGUAUGCACGUCCUUUAUGGAUAUAUUUCUUAUAUGUGAUUCCUACACUGUUGGUUUCUAUGGCCUCGGUGUUGUUACAUGCCAAAUAUUAUAAUAAGGACUUAGAAUUAUCACCUUGGACACUGUUUCAAUUAUACUAUGACGCAUAUCAGACCAUAUGGACAGUAGUUCUAUUAUUAGGUGUUAUAGUUAGGAUACGGUCUAGUUUUAUCGCACUUAUAUGGGCAUUUUUCGCUUCACUAGGAAAUAUACUAAAGUCUAGGCUUUUUGGGAGAUGGAGAGAUCCUAAAUGGUUGCUCCUGCACAUCUCCAUGAUGGGACUGCCCUUUGUGCAAUGCUUCUAUUUAAUCAUAGGGGCGCUAUAUCUGUUCAUACCCAUCAUGGGUAGAGCGGGCUCUGGUAGCCACGCCGAGUACCUCAUAGCUGUGAUGGUUAGUUCUCUCUUCGCGAUGUUGUUUACUUUCGUUGUUCCUCUCAUACUGCUUAUAAGGAAGGUAGAGAGAAUAUUUAGUCUACUAACGGGGCUGUUCCUGCUCUCGUUGGCCAUACUGAUUUUAACCCCACUGGGAUUUCCUUAUUCCGGUGACCAGAAUUCGUUGGCACCUCAACGCUUUAUGAUAGCGCAUACAAGGAGAACAUUCCACGACGCCACUGGUGCCAUAGCAAAUGAAUCCACGGGCUACUGGAUCGCCGAUAUGGACAUAAACAGUCCGCACACCGUCGAUCGUUACGUUCCCGAAAUGACGAAAGCUGAGCUCGUUAAAAAAGACUGUGAGGAUUACCUCUAUUGCGGAUUACCAUAUCUCGUGCCGGUACUGACGAUGAUCUGGAAGACACAUUGGGUCCCUGGACCGUCUCCUAACCUUCAGGUUCCUGUAAAGCUGGAAGUACUGUCGAGAAAGAGCAUAGAAGAUGGAGAGAGGAUUACUGUAAAAAUAGAAGGUCCGACACAUAUAGGAGUUAUAAUAUCCCCUGUUUCCGGACUUAAAUUACAAAAUUGGAGUCUGAAAUCUGAGAAACCACUAGCGGGGCCUCUUUGGAGAGGGAGAGAUACAUAUUUUAUUUAUUAUGCCUAUGGAAUGAAUCCCGUGCCUCUGGUUUUCUCCAUGGAUUUUAAGAUUCCUGGAAGUCAUUCUGGUCCUGUGAUGGACCUUGCCAUCACCUCACACUACCUUUUCGGGCCAGGUAAGGCUUCCCACAACUUAAAAAAAUUAGUAGGGCAAUUUCCUUCCUGGACCGCUGUCACAUUUUGGACAGCAUCAUACGAAUCUUGGAUUCUCUAGUAAAAAUAGGUGUUCAACAUUCUUCACGAGUUUCUUAAAUUAAGAAUAUCUAAUUACAUAAUUCGUACUGAUUUACAUUCAAACUGAUUCUCUUCAAACGUUAAAAAGUCAGAAAACAGUUGACUCAGAAAACAGUUUUUUUGUUCAUUCAAAGUAAUGUGUUUGAAGUUUUUGCCUAACAUUGCUUACAGAGUUACAAAGAAAGUAGGUGGAGCCACAGCACCUUUGGGGAAAAUAUUGGGGCUUUCUUUAUGCUAUUUUUCAUUUAGGAGCCUUUUUUCAAGAUAAAGGGUGUCCAAUUUUGUAUAUUGUAUAAUACUGGCAUUAAAAAAAAAGAUUUUUGUUUUUAAAUUUUGACACCUUGAAAACUACUGCUUGACCUACUUUUUUUGUAACACUGUAUAUUGAACACAAAUUCUUUUUAUCAUUCGCAGUCGUAAAUUUGCAACCAAAUAAUGUACCAAAAAUGAGAGUUAUUAUUUUCAAAUGUUCCUUUGUCAGAAUUCAUAGCAGCUUGGCAUAAUACUCAACUUCAUUGGCAUUAACCCUUUCACUGCUCCAGACGUAUAUAUUCGCUAAAAAUUUAUAGGGCUCAAACUGCUCCAGACGGAUAAAUUCGCAUGAAUAGUUAAAUUGGAUCAGGCUGCUCAAACCGUAUAUAUUCGCAACCGUGCGCAUAGUGACUCGGUUAUUGCAAUUGGUAAUGCGAAUUUUUGCGGGCGAGCUUAUACCGAUUGUGACAAAUAUUUUUAUGGAAAGAGGUACUGGUAAUAGUACCAAG